AUGCGCGUGAUGGCAUCCCAACAGCGGAUCGGCUUGAGGGCUUCCAGGAAGGUGGUGUUGGUGGCAGCGCUUGCAGUUGGACUCGCAGCGAUGUCGCAGACUCCAUGUUUUCCACACCUGCCAUUGAUUGUGAACCCAGUUCCAGCUGGGAAAAUGAGACUGUACCACUACACUGAUGAGGCAGGCUAUGUCGGCAUCGUGAAAUGUGGAUACAUCCGGCCAUCAGAGAUCACCUUGGGUGACGCAUGCUAUGGAAGUCACGUCUAUGCAACGGAGCUUGGGCCUGAGACGCCUAUUUGGAAAGUUCUGCAGAACAACUAUGACAAUGAUGGCACGCUUGAUUGCAGAGGGGAGUCCAGGGCGUAUAGGGCAGACUAUGUGAUCGCUUUUGAUCUUGAAAGAGAAGAAGCGGAGGUCUUUGAUGCAGAUGGAAAAAGAUCCGUUUUGGGCAUCGGGAAAGGAGACAAGGUGGAGAUCAAAAAGGCGGCCUACCAUGGAAGAGCAAUUGAAGCAGCCAAUGCAACAGGCAUGGUGAGGGUGUAUUGCUACACCGAUUAUUCCGGCUUCAGACAAGCCAUGGAGAGCGGACGCAUCAUGCCGUCAGAGGUCACGGUGGGUUCUAACUCUCACGGAACUUACGUUUUUGCGACAGAGCUGGACCCUCGUACAGAAUUCUACAAAGUUUUGGACAACCAGUACGGCGCGGAUGCAGGUAUUCCACGGAGAGGAGAGGAGCUGCGAGAUCAUGCCAGGUACGUUGUGGCUUUUGACCUUCCAAGGUCUUCGGUGAACUUUGUCCACGAGGAAGGUCGAUCCAUUGCGUUGAUUGGCGGUGGCGAAGAAAUCAAGGUGCAGCAGGCCACAUAUGCUGGAGUGGCCAGCGUCAUCGCCAAGAUGCUGGAGAGGCUCAAGCGGACUGGCUCCUAUGAGGUUGACCAAUCGCUGGUAUGGUUGAAUCCCCGCAAAUGCUCGCUUGGUGAUGAGCUCGACCACACAUACGACCCAUCAGACUGGUUUCAGCAUGUAGACUGGUUUCAGCAUGUAUUAAGGCACAACUUACGAUAUUUUUGA